UUGUGAUACGGUGGCCUUUUGCUGUCUAUGAGUGAUGAGCCGCCCAUGGUAUUUUGGCCUGUGGGGCAUGGUGGGUGCUGUGAGAGUGGGGCAUGGCAUAUGGCUUGUUGACUGCUCCUUGAAUGCCUGGUGAUCUCGAUGACGCCAGCCAGCUAGAAACAUGGGCGCGGGUUUACGAUGAGCUGCGAUCCCAACAGUCGCUUGCUUCGGUCACAAACGACCCGCUUCGUGGUAGCCGGCUUUUGCGAGGACAGUGGGAUGGUCUGGGCGAGUUUGUUGAGACCUUCCGGGAAAGCGUGGAAGAGCUCAAUGACCAUCGUGAACUCGAAGGCAUAGAUCCCGCAACGCUUGCUCGUAUCGAUGCCUUGGUGGGGGAAGCCCCAGAUGCAUCCGACUUCCAGCUGUACUUGGAUACCUUCUCUGAUGAGUGGGAUGUGUAUCACAGGAACCACGGAAAACCAAAAUCGCGCGCAGUGGGAGGUGCCGGAAAAGUUGCUGGGACCUCGAUGCCGGCAGUGGAGGAAGAGGAGGACUCUAUCGUUGCGCGCGAGGCGCAUUUUGGGGUUCCGCCGGAGUAUUUUUCGUCCAGCUUUUCAUUGGAGCAGCAUCAGAUUUUCCGACUGUCCCUGGAUGCCGUUUUUGAUCGGCAAGAAGACCUCAACGGAGAGCUCUCAGGGUACUUGGAUUUGGUGGAGGUUUCCCUGUUCGAGCACAUCCGAAAAGCACAGAGAGACCACUUGUUUGAUUCUGUGGCAUCGCUUGGGGAGCCGUUGCAGCAGGACUUGUUUGGAGCCAUUGGAGUUAUUCGGACGCUGCGGAAGCACUUGAAGAAGGUUCAAAAGAGGCAAUUGCAAUGUGGCCUUGCUGUAGGGCGACUGGCCAGGAGAAAGCGUCGCGUCCAAGAAGUCCUUCAUCGCCUGGACUGCCUUGAACACGUGAGGCAGUGCUCGCCCUCAAUCCACAUGCUGCUACAGGGGCGAGAUUUCAUCACGGCCCUCGAUUUGCUUGACAGUACUACUUCGGCCUUUGAUUUCAACUUGAAGGGUGUUGCGGAAACCUGAGUUGACAGCACAUGGGCUCACUAAACCUUCUUGAAUCGCAAGUGGUUCUGAAGGUCAGUGUCAAGUCCAUUUGGACAAAGCUUUCCAGCCUCGGUGAGACGUUUGACCGCGCCGUGGAAGUCGAGUUUGUGCACCAUUCAUCAGAGUUUCUUCUACAUCAUGGACAGCCCGGUGAAGAAACCCUAGAUGUGCACGAGGCAAGCCCUAUGCGGCUAAGGCAUUUGUGUCAGUGCUUGGGAUCCAGAGGUCGUCUCCUAGCUGCCUUGCCUGCUCUGCGCGACGUCUUGCUCUCCAAAAUGAAGAAGGCCAUAAAGAAUAGCGCAAAGGGGCUAUUGCAGGAGCUUGGCGAACAACCAAUCGCAGGUGUCGAAGGAGAUCAGG